AUGAUUGCACAAACCUUAAGGAGCAUUGCGCAAAGAAGUCGCAGUCUCCUCUUGCCCAAUGGACCUGGCUUUUGCCGCAAGCUGCACACUGGCCUGGCUGUUAACUUCAGCAAGGCCUACGACUACGAUGGCAAAACAAAAGUCUCAAUAUUCAACACAGAAACGGACCUGGGACUGAUGAUUACCGGCUAUAGUCAAUAUGGGUUCAGGCUGAACAACGACAUGGUUCUAAUUGGUCCAAUCAGUGUGUUUCCUAGGUCGGUUCUUUCUUGGAACGUGGACACGUACGAGGACAUCAACGAGGAAAGCCUCAGCUUGUUCCCCAUUCUGGAUCCUAAAAUUGAUGUGCUCAUAAUUGGCAUUGGAGACCAAAGCCCAACGCCGACGCUGUCCAAGAGGAUCGUAGAGUUCAUGAAGAAAUACAAAAUAAACGUGGAGGUUCUUCGAACGGAACAGGCUUGUGCUACCUUCAACUUUCUAAAUGCUGAGAGCAGAAUGGUGGCAUGUGCACUCAUACCCCCGCUGCAUCUGUCCUACAACGAGAACGACAUUCUGCAAACAAAGCUAAAGCAGAAGGAACUGUACGAGACCGAUUAAGACUGAGCGGUCUACCUGUUUGUAGAUUAUUUGCGUCAUUGUUAGGGAUUAAACGAGCAUAUUAAUAUAA